AUGCAUCAUCGACGGUGGGCCAGCGCUGGCGCUGCUAGCAUUUCAAGCACCGGACAGCAUAAUCUAUCUCACAUCGAACCGCACACCUACGGCACAAGUUGGAAUUCGGUGCGCUGGAACAAACCACUGGAAAGUAGCAGCAAUGGCGCAGGCGGUGGUGGUAUUAGGAAUGAACAUCCGAGUCGUUUCUUGUCUAUCGUGCAGCCAACUUCCAACGAUUAUGGCUUCAAUCCGUCAUAUUCCAGAUCAACCGCCAGACGCUUUGGCUCUCAGCCCGCCACUAGAAACAACAUCGAAAUGAAGUAA